GAAGCGGCGCUGCGCUGCGGAAUCCUGCGCUGCCGGAGCCUCUGCUCCUGUCCUGCUCCGGUGCAUUUCGCUUUGGGGGCUGCUGACCUGCUCCGCUUAGCGGGGCUGCAGCACCGGGACCCUCUCCCCGAGCCGGGCAGCUCCCGGCGGGGCAGCCCGUCCCCUCGCUGCUCCCUCUGCCCGCCAGCCGGGUUCGCUCCUAGCCCGCUCCCCGGGGGGCUCUGGCUCCGGGGGGACACACGAGCCUGGGCGAGUUGCGAGCCGGGCUCCGGCUGCCCGCGGAGCGAUCGGGGGCUGGGGGUCUGAGCCAGCAGAUCAGCUGCAGAGUCUGGAGCGGGGAGGAGACCAGGGCCAGGACCUCCGUCCCGGCUCGGCUUAGCGGCUGCCGGAUCAGACCCAGUCAGACAGAGGAGCCAAUCUCAGCCCAGCGCCUGCAGCAGCGUCUGUAGCCUGAGUGUCGCUGAGAGACAAUGGGGCCAGCAACUGGGGCUGCUGAGAGCGAAGAGCCGCUGCAGGAGUUGCGUGUUGAUGGCAAUGGACACCUGGAGACUGUCGGGGAGCCAGAACCUCCUUGUAACAACAAGAAAAAUCAAACUGGUCCCGUUGUGGUUGCACUGAUAGUUGUAUCAUCUGCUUUGAUCGCUGCCAUCAUUGCUCUGGCAGUGCAGGCAUCUAAGCUUUCAUCAGCUGAUCUGUGUCCUGCAUGCCUGGAUGGCUGGAUGGGAUACCAAGGGAAAUGCUACUAUUUCUCUGAGACUGAAGGGAACUGGACCUACUGCCAGAGCCGCUGCUCUGCACCGGGUGCCGCCUUGGCUGCGAUCGACAGUGAGCAGGAAAUGGCGUUCCUGCUGCGCCAUAAGGAUAUCCAUGACCACUGGAUCGGCCUCCGGAGGGAGCAGGGUCAGCCCUGGAAAUGGACCAACAGUACCAUAUUCAACCACACGUUUCGGAUAAGAGGAGGCGGCGACUGCGCGUAUCUGAAUGACGAGAAAGGGGUCAGCAGCUCACGGUGCUACAUGGAAAGACGGUGGAUCUGUAGCAAACUGAGGUGUAUGUGAUGGGCAAAGGGACUGCACUGGAAGGGAGCUCAAAAUAAGCCUCCUAGAAAUGACACUGAUACAACUCGCAUCUACUUGAACGAGCCAUGUCCCCGUUCAUCAGCCUGGCCAAGCUCAAGAUCUCAAUCAGGCAGUGGGGCCCUCAAGGUGUGUGUAGUUUAAACUGUGGAUUCUUUGUAUGUGCUUCUGCUUCUGAACCUUUACACUCAGGGACACAUUGUCAAGUUCUUCUCUGCAGCUGAGAGGGUGAGAUCCUAUGAUCUCUCGCUGGGGAAGUAAGGGGAGGCCUUGCUAGUUCAGACUCCAGAACAGCAUUUCUGAAAUGUGGCCACCAGCUGAUUGUUUGUAGCCACAAGAGCCUCCAAAGUGGUCAAACAAUCGCUGAGAUGUUAGGUAUUGAAGAUGCCUUGUAAAUGCCAUAAAUCAUAAUGCGCACCCCCUUCUAAAUAGUACCAUGCAGGCAGAGCUGAGCUACACAGGUGUGGCUUUCUUUCAAGUCACAAAGUAUGUUCAUUGGCUAAUCACUGUUUAAAUCUCGUGUUACUGUAGCUCUGUAAGCAGCUAUUGGCCGUCUCCCUGCGUGGUGUUUGGGUAGGUUGUGAUUGUUCAUGGGAUCAGGGCCGGCUUUAGGCCGACUUGCUAUCCCCCCACCCCCUUCAAA